AACCCCAAAGGAAAAGUAGAAGGAGAUAGCUAAAAACUAUCUUCUUCCCAAAAAUAAAAGGAAGGAGAUAGGAAAGGGUUGAAUAAGAAAAUUAAAAAAACAAAUCCUUGGUGAAAAUAAAAAUGGGUAGGGUUUCGAUGAUCGCGUUGAUGCUUUGCCUGAUGGCAGCAACGGUGAGGAGCGAGGACCCUUACCUCUACUUCACGUGGAACGUCACAUACGGAAGCGUAGCCCCAUUGGGUGUUCCCCAACAGGGUAUCCUCAUCAACGGCCAAUUCCCAGGUCCAGAAAUCAACUCCACCAGCAACAACAACAUUGUCAUCAACGUAUUCAACUACCUGGACGAGCCCCUCUUGUUCACGUGGAGCGGUAUCCAGUUGAGGAAAAACUCAUGGCAAGAUGGCACAUUGGGCACCCAAUGCCCCAUUGCCCCAGGCACCAACUACACUUACCACUUCCAGGUCAAGGACCAAAUCGGAAGCUACUUUUAUUAUCCUACCACAGGUAUGCACCGUGCUGUCGGUGGAUUUGGUGGUCUUAGGAUCUACAGUCGCCUGUUGAUCCCCGUUCCAUAUGCUGAUCCUGCUGACGAGUACUGGGUCCUCCUCGGGGACUGGUUCGCCAAGACACACCAGACCCUAAAGCAGUUCUUGGACAGUGGACGCAGCCUCGGCAGGCCCAACGGGGUCCACAUCAACGGGGCCAAUGCUGGGCUUGAGCCCCUCUACACAAUGGAGCCCGGCAAGACUUACAAAUUCAGAAUCUGUAACGUUGGCCUCAAGGAUGCCCUCAACUUUAGAAUCCAAAACCACCCCAUGAAGCUCGUUGAGAUGGAAGGCUCACACGUUGUUCAGAAUGUCUACAACUCCCUCGAUGUCCAUGUGGGACAGUGCUUCUCCGUCCUCGUCACCGCUGACCAGCAACCCAAGGACUACUUCAUGGUUGCCUCUACACGCUUCACCAAGAAGGUCUUGACUGCCACACGUGUCAUUCGCUACACCAAUGGCGUCGGCCCCGCCUCCCCCGAUCUCCCACCCGCACCUGAGGGCUGGGCCUGGUCCUUGAACCAGUUCCGCUCCUUCCGUUGGAACCUUACCGCCAGCGCUGCAAGGCCCAACCCACAAGGCUCAUACCAUUACGGCCAAAUCAACAUCACCCGCACCAUCAAGCUCGUUAACUCCUUCAGCCGCGCCACUGGGAAACUCCGUUACGGACUUAACGGUGUCUCCCACGUCGACCCUGAGACCCCUCUUAAGCUCGCUGAAUACUUCGGAGUCGCCGACCAGGUCUUCAAGUACGGCCUCAUUAGUGAUGAACCCGCUCCCACUCUCGGCGACCUCACCGUUGCUCCCAACGUCAUCAACGCCACCUUCCGCAACUACAUUGAAAUCAUUCUAGAGAACCCCACCAAGGUUCCCCAAUCUUACAACUUGGAUGGCUACUCUUUCUUUGCAGUCGCCAUUGAGCCUGGCAAGUGGACCCCCGAGAAGAGAAAGAACUACAACCUUCUUGAUGCUGUCAGCCGACACACCAUUCAGGUGUUCCCUAAGUCUUGGGCCGCAAUCAUGUUGACCUUUGACAAUGCUGGAAUGUGGAACUUGAGGUCAGAGCUCGCCGAGAAUCGUUACCUUGGCCAACAAAUGUACGUCAGUGUCUUGUCUCCUGAGCGUUCUCUCAGGGAUGAGUACAGUCUUCCUGACAACCAGCUUCUCUGUGGUAUUGUCAAGGAUUUGCCCAAGCCACCACCCUACACAAUUUAAACCAUUUUCUUCUCUUAUUCUUCUCCCCUUUCCAUAUUAAUUAACUCUAAUCCAUCUUUUAUCUUGUGUAAGUGUGUGGUAUCUCAUGUUUCAACCCUUUCCUAUCCUAUGUAAUUCAUCACACCAAUCAAUAUAUACUAAACACUCCUUCCUUUUCCUAUUAUA